AUGACCUCACGACUCGACUCUUUUCCAGUAUACUUUUCCCGAACCACAGAUCCACCAAACUCAAUCGCUCUCCCUGACUCGUUUUUUGCUACCAUGUCGCUCUCCCCUGAACAGGUCCAGCUCAUCAAGGCCACUGUGCCUGUCCUCCAGGAGCACGGCCUCACCAUCACCAAGCUCUUCUACGACAACAUGCUCAACGCCCACCCGGAGCUGCGCGUCGUCUUCAACGUCUCCAACAAGGUCCACGGCCACCAGCCCAUGGCCCUCGCCGGCGCCCUCUUCGCCUACGCCUCGCACAUUGACAACCUCGGCGUCCUCUCCCCGGCCGUCGCCCGCAUCUGCCACAAGCACGCCUCCCUCUACAUCCAGCCCGACCAAUACGAGAUUGUCGGCAAGUUCCUCCUCGAGGCCAUGGGCCUCGUCCUCGGCGACGCCCUCACCCCGCCCAUCCUCGACGCCUGGGCCGCCGCCUACUGGCAGCUCGCCAAGCUCAUGAUUGGCAUCGAGGCCGACCUCUACAAGUCCGCCGAGGGCUGGACCGACUUCCGCGACUUCCGCGUCGCCCAAAAGGUCCCCGAGUCCGAUGUCAUCACCUCGUUUUACUUUGAGCCCGUUGACGGCAAGCCCCUCCCGCCCUUCAUCCCGGGCCAAUACGUCUCCAUCCAGAUCGACGUGCCCCAACUCUCCCACGCCCAAUGCCGCCAGUACUCGCUCAGCGACCAGCCCAACCCAACCUACUACCGCAUCUCCGUCCGCAAAGACGCAGGCUUGGAUACGUCCAACCCCGAGGCCCCCGCGCACCCGGGCUACGUCUCCAACAUCCUCCACUCGUCCGUCAACGUCGGCGACAUCGUCAAGCUCUCACACCCCUACGGCGACUUCCGUCUCGAAAACGCCGACGCAACCACACCACUGGUCCUCAUCUCCGCGGGCGUCGGCCUCACCCCACUCACGGCCAUGGUCAACUCGCUGACGGGCUCCUCGAGCACGCGGCCCAUCCACUUCAUCCACGGCGCGCACACGGGCGCGUCGCGCGCGUUCGGGCCCGCCAUCGCCGCGCUCGCCCAGAGGAUCCCGACCCUGCGCACGACGAAUUUUUUCACCGUCCCUGGUGAGAAUGAUAAAGAGGGCGUCGACUAUGACUUUGUCGGCCACGUCGAUGUCGCCAAGCUCGAUGGCGACAAGGACCUUUUCCUCGGCGACAAGCAGGCCGAGUACUAUGUUUGCGGGCCGACGAGCUUCAUGGUUGACACGAAGAAGGCGCUUGUUGCGAGGGGCGUGGAUGAGGCGCGCGUGCACAUGGAGUUGUUUGGGACGGGGGGUGUGCCUGCGGCUUAG